UGAUCUCCUAAUAAGAGACAAGAAGGUGUUUAGGUUUUUCUCCUUGUUUUCUGUUUUUACUGGUUCUACUUGUGUCAGCUUUCCUUCUUGAAACUGGAAGUGAACGGAUGUCAAAUAACAAAGAACCACCAGUUUAUUACAACAAUCGAGCAGAAUAGCUCUGUUCCAGGUGUUUGGGACAUUACGAUCUACAACAAAAAUCUACAAUAACAAAAAACCUCAAACUAUUUCUGUGCUGGAAAGGUGAAUAACUACAUCAUGAUUCCAUGGAUGAAAAACUUUAUUUGGGGAACACCACCACCUCCAUCACCUCCAUCACCUCCAGAAACUCUUGAAGAAGAAUGGAGGCCAGUGGACUGGAGUAAUGAAGAAAAGCAACGACUGUUACGGGAACUGAAAGAGUUCCAGCUUAGCACCUCAAUGGUCAGCCAAGUCAGAAUUCUGCUGUGUGGACCAGUAGGUUCUGGGAAAUCCAGCUUUAUCAACUCCGUUAACACUGUCCUUCAAGGCCGUAAUACUACUGAUGCACUGGCAGACUCGAUAGGUGGCGUUAGCUUCACUGUGAAGUUCAAAACCUACAAGCUGAAGAAAGACAGAGCAGGAUCAUUCUUCCCUUUUGUGUUUAAUGACACGAUGGGUAUGGAAGCAGAGAUUUCACACGGGAUACAAACUAAUGACCUCAUCAGUAUAUUACAGGGUCAUGUGCAGGAAGGGUAUACAUUUAAUCCUCUGACAGAACUAACUGACGAAAAAAGAGAAUACGACCAAACCCCGAGUCUCGAUGGCAAAGUCCACUGUCUCGUAAGCAUUCUACCAGCAGACAAGAUAUCCAUGAUGCCUCAAAGUGUCAUCUGUGAAAUGAGGAAAGUUCGUGAAAAAGCUCGAGACUUGGAGAUUCCUCAAGUUGUCAUCAUGACCAGGGUGGAUUUGAUAUGUAAGCUGGUUUCUAAGGACUUGAAAAUGAUCUACAGAAGCAAGAAAAUCAAAGAUAAGAUAGAGGAGUGCAGUAACAGACUGGGUGUUACAAAGAACUACAUCUUCCCUGUGAAGAUGUACAGUGAGGAAAUCACCACCAACAGCAAUGUGGACAUACUCAUUCUUAUGGCAAUGACAAAUAUAGUUAAUUUUGCCAAUGACUUUGUGGAAAGGGAGUAUCAAUAGUCUCUGUUCUAAUAUAUAUGGUUAGUUCCUCGAAGAAAGUGGGUAUAGACACAAUACUGGAGAAGCUGUUUUUUAUGGGUAGCUGUUUUUUAUGGGCAACAACCUAGUAACCAACCAGAAUAAAACAGAAACUAACUACCAACACUCUUGGAACUACCUGGAAUACCAUAGCAACCACCUAGAAAUCUUCUUGUAACAACCUGGAACACCAUAGCAACUAUCUAGCAACGCCAAGGAAACAGCUUAAGCUUCCUAAUCAGUUUGAUUUUCCUCAGAAGUUUCAUUUUCCUCAUUUUCUUCACCUUUUUAGUAGCUAUUUAUACCACAUUCUUGUUGCGUUAAUGUCUUUAUAUAAUUUCUGUAAUGUUAUUUAAUAUUAUUCCUAUAACACUCUCUUUCUGUAUUAUAGCCCACUGUCAAGCACUUUGAGA